AUGGCGGGAAAGGUGGAAGUCCUGGACGACGUCGUCUCGCGCGCCGAAACGGCCGAAGACCUGCUGAAGAACGGCUCCGGGGGCAAGCCGGAGCCGUGGCACAGCCGGUUGCGGGCGUUCUUCCGGCGACGCGGCAAGUGCUACUAUGCAUUACUGGCCGCGCUCGUGUUUGCGCUGUGUUUCACCGCUGUAGCCGUCAUCGGAGGCGAUUCGCAGUAUGCCGCGCAGGAGCGCGCUGUGCGCGAGGCGCUGGUUCGCCUGAAAUUCGAGAACCACGGGACCGUCGAGGGAGUCACCGACGAGGACCCCGCCUACAUCGUAUGUAGAGCGCUGGGCGCCUCCACCCGCACGCUGAACCCGGAGCGUGACGCGGAGAUAUAUGUACAGUACAAUGACUUCAACCGGCAGUACGACCGCCGUCAUACGUCGGUCAUGGAGAAGGCCCGCCGCUUCGGCGUCUUUCACGCCAAUGUGCACACGAUCGACGCCUUCAAUGCCAUGGAAAACCGCACAUUCGAAAUGGGCGUGAACAGAUUCGCAGACAUGACGGCGGAGGAGUUUAUGGCGCUGCAAGGCUCCCGCGUAGACACGCCCCAGUAUGAGCGCGGCGGCGUCGCCAUGGCGCUGGACGGGACGGUAGACAUCGCAGACAUCGACCUCCGCAGAGACGGGAUCAUGACGCCGGUGAAGGACCAGGGCGCGUGCGGCUCGUGCUGGGCGUUUGCCACCAUUGCGGUGGUCGAAUCCUACUUCAAGAAGUACCGCUCGCUCGACCUCGAUCUCAGCGAACAGCAGCUGGUGGACUGCGUGAAGGAGUGCCACGGCUGCCAAUACGGCGACUCGUACCACGCGUACGAGUACGUCACCGCCAAUGGGUGCUACACCAGGGCGUCGUACCCCUACGUCGCCGAGCAGGGCCAGUGCAUGACCCCGGCGGGUCACCCCCGCUACAGGCUGUACGAGUUCGGGUUCACCGAGUCCCCGGACCUCGUCCAGCUGCUGAAAGCGCACGGCCCGCUGACCGUGUACGUGGCUGUGACGCCGAUGUGGCAGUUCUACAAGUCCGGCGUCCUGAACUACUGCGGCGAGACCGUGAACCACGCCGUGGUACUGGCCGGCGCGGGCCAGGCCGACAAGGAGGCGUUCUGGCUCAUCAAAAACUCCUGGGGAACCUCUUGGGGCGAAGAAGGUUACGUGCGGCUGGCCCGUGGCAGCAGCACCCUUAAGGACGAAUGUGGAUUGUCGAACGUGGCCAUGUUCGCCGUUCAUUGA